AUGGCUGCUACUCGUGUCAAUAUUGAUGGAUCGUCCUUUGAAGGAGGGGGAUUGCUUCCUCCUGGAACUUUCCGUCUGAUUCAAGAAGAUGGAUCAGAGCUCCACGGCCAGCGAGCUGUUAUGCUCGACCCAGUACCUUCCAAUGAUCCUAAUGAACCCUUGAACUGGAGUGCAACCCGCAAGGCUGUGAACUUUACUAUUGUGCUGGGAAUGACUGUUAUCAUCUUUACAGCGCUUUCGAUCCAAGCAAUCUUCUGGCAACAAAUGGUUCUUGACCUCAAUGUUACUUAUUCACAGCUUAACCAAGCCAUGUCGGUAAACUUUGUUGGAUUAGCAACUGGCUGCGUGCUAUUCAUUCCUUUGGCUAAGAAGUUUGGCCGGCGACCGGUAUAUAUCGUGUCAACUGCUUUAAUGCUAGCCACCUCGUUUUGGACAUCCAGACUUGAGAGUCUUGCAGAGCUCUACGUCACAAAUCUGCUGCAGGGAUUGGCUGGUGCAACCAAUGAGACCAUUGCCGAGAUCACUAUUUCUGAUUUAUUCUUUGUCCACCAUCGAGGAAGUAUGAACGGUCUCUACAUGACGAUGGUUAUGAUUGGGAGCUUCUUGACACCCAUGGCUGCUGGAACUCAAGCCACCAGACAAGGAUGGCGUUGGUCCUAUCAAACAAUGGGCAUUUUCAACGCCAUCUUCCUCCUACUUUUCCUCUUCUGCUACGAAGAGACCAAAUAUGUCCCUCUACUGAACGGGCAAGCUCGAACCGGUCCUGAUACUGAAGAGGACCUUUCUGGUCCUGUCGAUCCGGAUCAUAAAUCAGCGGUGCAGUCAGAUACAAAGGCCGCACUUCCAGUCGAGCCAAGCAGCCUUCACCAUGAAUUGGAUCUCACUAUCCCAAUUCAUUCCUGGCGCAAGCGUCUCGCCUUCUGGACUCCCACCCCAGAGCCUAUCUGGCCUUAUUUCUACCGCCCCUUCUACGUGUUGUUCAGCUUCCCAACCGUGUUCUUUACCGGACUCCAAUAUGCCUCUGGCGUAGUCUGGCUGACCGUUGCUUCGAACGUGCUGUCUCUUGUCUUCCCACUGCCCCCCUACAACUUCACACCUGAGCAGAUUGGUUUUAUGAGUCUUGGUCCAUUCAUUGGAAAUCUUAUCGGCGCCUUUUACGGUGGACUGAUUGGAGACCGCUCUAUCCUUUAUUUCUCUCGGAGGAACAAGGGUUUCUAUGAGCCCGAGAUGCGGUUAUAUAUUUUGCAUCUCCCUGCCCUCUUUAUGGCUGGAGGUUUGAUGAUGUUCGGCAUUACUAUGUCGCGGGGCAUGCAUUGGAUCUAUCCUAGCAUUGGCGGAGCCUUUUUCGGAUUUGGCCUGGGUAGCAUAGGCGAUGCCACUUUGACUCUGGUCAUUGACAGUUACCGUGAUAUCACUGGUGACGCAUUCACGGGAAUAGCAUUCCUCCGCAAUGCCAUCAGCAUUGGGAUCCCCUUUGCUAUUUCUCCAUGGAUUGAGCGCGACGGUCUGCAGAACAUGUUCAUUGCCUGUGGAUUCAUCAGCUUGGGUAUCUCGCUGCUCAUUAUUCCUAUGGUGUUCUACGGUAAGCGGUCUCGUCGUGGUUUGGCGGCACGCUAUUAUCGCCUUGUUGAGCAGCAGGGUCACAAUCAU